GGUGUGCUGUGUCCCUUGGACACAGCGGAUCAUCGAUCAUGGAAAGAGCCAAAGAUGAUGUCGGCUCAGUCAUGUGAUCAGCUGUGUCCAAUCACAGCUGAUCACAUGGGACAUGUACACUGAUCAUCAGGGCACUGAUGAUCAGUGUGCCCUGAUGAUCAAUGUAGCCCCGGCAGUGCCACCUGUCAGUGUCCAUCAGUGCCUUAUGUCAGUGCUCAUCAGUGCCUCGUGCCAGUGCCACAUCAGUGCCACAUAUCAGUACACACCAGUGCACAUCAAUGCCACAUAUCAGUGCCCAUCUGAGCUGCCUUUCAGUGCCACCUAUCAGUGCCAGUCAGUGCCACCUAUCAAUGCCAGUCAGUGUCACCUAUCAGUGCUGCCAAUCAGUGCCAGUCAGUGCCGCCAAUCAGUGCCAGUCAGUGCUGCCUAUCAGUGCGCAUCAGUGCUGCCUAUCAGUGCCUGUCAG